AUGGACCCAAAAACGAGACUGCGCAAGGCCUGUGAUGCCUGCAGUAUUCGUAAAGUCAAGUGUGAUAACAGUGGGCCACCAUGUCGCUCCUGCGCUAGCCUGGAUAUACCAUGCACUUAUGAGAGACCAAGUAGACGCCGCGGACCACCCAAUCGCCAUGCAGAGGCCCUGAAGAAGCAAAAGCUGGAGACGCCCUCGGCAGGAGCAUCGCCAGGAAGCGUACCAGAUGGUCCCCAAGACAAUGCACCCAAGACUUCCCCAUUUCUUCCAACCGCGCAUCCUGCCCAUCUUCCCAUGUCAGCGGAAGCCAUCUGCUCUCUCCACACAGUUCAGUUGCUCCUCGAUGAUUUUUUCACAUACAUCCAUCCGUUGGUGCCUGUUCCUCAUGAGCCUUCAUUCAGGGCAGCCUUCGAUCGCCGUGAGGAUGCCACCAACACCACCUUUCUGGCCUUGUUGGCCUCGAUGAUUGGGUUUCUUGUGGCAUCGUUCCCCAGGAGACCGAGGCUUCGUCUCAAUACAGAGGCUGAACGCGCAGCAUUUCCCAAUUCAAUUGCGCUCGUUCGGAGGUGUCAUGAGGUAGCCAUCCAGGCACGAGGCAUAGGAUAUCUCGAUCGCAAUGCAACCGUCUAUGAUGCUGCCAUCAGCUACUUCCUCGGUGUUUGCUCGGGUUACAUCUACAGCUUUCGCCGCUGUCGUACUUAUCUCGCCGAAUGCCAGACCAUGUUACAAGUCUACGACCUGUGUCGCUCGCCCACAGACGUGCCCGCCGCCGACACGCUCCGUGCAGGCAACCCGACACCAGCCGAUCUGUCCGGCACAGGUUCCGGCCUGAUGAAAGGCAGUCAAGUGGACCUCAUCACGCAAGAAUUGGGCAGACGUCUCUUUUAUGUCUCGCUCGUGGGUUAUCAGACUCUGCAUCAACUUGGAAAUUCCGACUUCAGAUUUCAAGUUGCGCCCGAAACCCCCACGGAUCGCUAUCCGCCACUCCCUCUCGAGAUAGAUGACGAGUUUAUUUUUCCCACGCACAUCAACCCCCAGCCGACCGGCCGGGUCUCUCAGCUGGCUGGCUUCAUCGCAAACGUCCGAAUCUACUGUUCCUACAACUCCAUCCUUGCGUGGGAGACCGCAUUCGGCACUUCACGAGUGAUAGACUGGGAGCAGCAGCGGUCGACACUCUGGGAAUGCUUACAGAAGACCAAGUCUGCCCUUCUCGAGACCCCCAUCGAGUUAUCUCUGCUUCAUCCCAAAAAAGACGUGCCAGCACUCAUGUCCGAGGAUGGAUCAGUAUUUAGCUACCCGGAUGAUCAUAUUCACCAGGAGCGACGCGCAAUCCAAUAUGAGAUUCAAAAGGCCAACAUCUAUGCAAGUCAAUUAUGUACAAGGUCCUAUCUGGUGGACAAAUAUUGGAACUUGUUCGAUAUUUUCAAAAACUACGGCAAUUCGGACCAUCGGACGGGCGCAACAGUGACGGGGUCACACAUCAAGGUAGAAACCCCGCAAGAAACGCCCGUAGCUCCUUCGUCUCAAAACACGUCAGCCGUCUAUCAUGCGCAGACGGAUUAUAUAGGCCGUAUGAUGGCCGAAGAGCGGAAGUUGGUCAUCAAGGACUUGUUUGUUCUUCUUCGCACAGUCAACGAGGUCAACAUGGAACCGAAUGGCGCCAGUCUUGUAAGUGAUGAUCAAUGUUUUCCGCUGCGCAUCUCAUGGCUUCACGCUCAACCUAGCUUGCUCAAACUGACUCACUUGCCUCACCCUCCCCCACAGACGUCCAAAAUUCGCCAAGUGGCAUCUACCCUCCUCAAUAUGCCGAGUCAUCACCCAUCACCGCUCGACACCCCCAAAGGCGAUUCUCACCCACCAGCAAAUGCGACCGAGACGCCCUCUACUUCCUUGUCUGGAUUACACGUCCUCACCGCAUCCGAAGCGGAAUCCUAUCUGCAUGCGUUCAUCGACACCCUGGUUCGACUGGAGGGUCACUCCACCGCUGCUACGGAUUCCGGAAGCACCUGUGAAGCUGUGAGUCCUCGCACCAACGGACGGGCCAUGAGCUACCAGAGUGACUACGAGCGUGAUCAGGAAGAGCUCAGUCAGUGGGCAAAUCUGAGGGAAUAUCAACAGAAAUUUGCAGAGGCGGGAGGUGUACUGUCGCAACUUUAG